CACAGCUUGGCGCGGGCGGUGGCGCGGGCGGUUAAGCGGCAGGUAACAGGAGCAUCAGGAGCGGAUGAGGAUGAUGUACAUCUUUUGGCUUUGAUUAUAGGAAAGGAUUAUAGUGAUGCCGUAAAGUGUGAAAAAAAGUUGGAAAAGUACUGUAAAACAUUAACAGACGCAAAAGUAGAACUAAAAAAGGUGCAUGAAAAAUUAGAUAAGAUAUGUAAAGAAAAAGAGACAAAAUGCAAAGGUCUACAAGCAAAAAUCUAUCCAAAGUGUACUACAUUAAAAGAAGGACUUAAAAAGAUACUUCAAAAAAGAGUUUCAGAUUUAACAAAUGACUGUGAAAAAAAUGAACAACAAUGCCUAUUUUUGGAGGGAACAUGUCCUAGUGAUCUUACAGAGAGUUGUAGCAAACUAAGGAAUCUAUGUUACCAGAAAAAACGUGAUGGAGUAGCAGAAAAAGUCCUUUUGAGAGCACUUCGUAGUGAUCUUAAUGAAUCAAAGAUAUGUCAAAAAAAACUUAAAGAGGUUUGCCCAGUCUUGGGGAGGGAAAGUAAUGAGUUAACGGACUCAUGUUUGAACCAGAAAAAAACGUGCGAUAAUAUUAUAAAAGAAAAGGAUAAGAAAUGCAUUACUCUUAAAACAGAUCUUGAUACAAUGUCAAAAAAUUUUGAAAAGGAAAAAUGUCUAUUAUUACUUGAAGAAUGUUAUUUUUACGUUGGAAACUGUAAGGAAGACGAUAUAAUUAAAUGUAUUGAAUUGGGAGAGAAAUGCCAAGGACAAAACAUUGUCUAUAUACCACCUGGACCCGGUUUUGAUCCAACUAGGCCAGAGGCUACGCUAGCAGAAGACAUAGGGCUGGAAGAACUUUAUAAAGAGGCAGAGAAGGAUGGAGUUUUUAUUGGAAAGAAUCAUCUAAGAGAUGCAACAGCUUUGUUGGCUUUGUUGAUUGAAAAUAGUAAUGAUCCUGAAAAAAAAUGCAAUGAGGUUCUCAAAGAUAAGUGCAAAAACCCUCAUGAACAUGAGGCCUUGGAAAAACUAUGUGAGGGAAAUGGUCCAAGUGAUGAUGGAACGAAAAAAUGUAAUGAACUAGAAAAAGAUGUUAAUAAAACUUGCAAAAUCCUCACUUCAAAAGUCAUUAAUAAUCAUCUUUUUGAUGCAGUAAAUUCUAAAGUUAUUGAAUGGGGCAAGUUGCCAACAUUUCUUAGUGAUGAAGAGUGUGCAAGACUAGAAUCUUAUUGCUUUUAUUUUAAAGAAAGAUGUCCAGAUGUCAAAGAAGCUUGUGUGAAUGUGAGAGCAGCGUGUUAUAAGAGAGGGCUUGAUGCACGGGCAAACAAUAUAUUGCAAAAAAAUAUGCGAGGGUUAUUGCAUGGCUCAAAUAAAGAUUGGCUUAAGAAAUUUCAACAAGAAUUAGUAAAAGUAUGUGAGAAACUGAAAGGAAAUAAAGGAAGUUUCUCAAACGAUGAAUUGUUUGUUCUGUGUAUACAACCAGCAAAGGCAGCACGAUUACUUACACAUGACCAUCAAAUGAGAGUUAUCUUUUUACGACAACAAUUGGAUCAAAAGAGAGAUUUUCCGACAGAUAAAGACUGCAAGGAAUUAGGGAGAAAAUGCCAAGAUUUAGGAGAGGAUUCAAAAGAAAUUACGUGGCCAUGUCAUACACUGGAACAGCAAUGUGAUCGCUUGGGGACUACAGAAAUCUUGAAGCAGGUUUUACUGGAUGAACACAAGGAUACUUUAAGAACUCAUGAAAACUGUGUAACAUAUUUAAAGGAAAAGUGUAAUAAAUGGUCUAGAAGGGGUGAUGAUCGUUUCUCUUUUGUAUGUGUUUUCCAAAACGCUACGUGUGAGCUGAUGGUAAAAGACGUACAAGAUAGGUGCAAAGUAUUCAAAGAAAAUAUAGAGAAUUCAAAAAUCAUUGGAUUUCUUAAAAAUAACACGGAUAAAAUAACAAGAUUAGCAAAUGUUUGCCCAUUUUGGGACCCAUAUUGUGAUAAAUUUUCGCCUAAUUGUCUAGAUCUUUUAAAAAAGGAUACUUGUACAAAAAUUAAAAAACAUUGUAAACCAUUUUAUGAAAGAAAAGCCUUGGAAGACUCUCUCAAGGUUGAACUUCGAGGAAAGUUGAAUAAGAAAAAUGAAUGUACUACAGCAUUAGAAGGAUAUUGUACAAUAGCAGGAAACGUAAAUAAUGCGUCAAUCAAAAGUUUAUGUGAAGAUACUACUGAUAACAAGUCUAAAAAGGAUGACAAUAAAGUUAGAGAAGAGCUCUGUGAGAAAUUAAUGGAAGAAGUGAAAGAACAAUGUAAAACAUUACCAACAGAAUUAGAACAACCAGAAAAAGAUUUACAAGAAGAUUAUAAGACAUAUAAGGAACUUAAGAAACAGGCAGAAGAAGCAAUGAACAAGUCCAAUCUUGUAUUAUCACUCGUUAAGAAAAACGAAAGUAAUGCAUCAAAAGGUAAUAGUAAGGAUAAGAAGAAUGCUGUUUCAAACGAGCAAGAUACCACAAAACAUGCGAAAAUACUACGGAGAGAAGUUAAGGAUGUAUCGGUAACGGAAUCGGAAGUUAAAGCAUUUGAUUUGACAGCAGAAGUAUUAGGAAGAUAUAUAGAUUUAAAGGAAAAAUGUAAUAAAUUGACCUCAGAUUGCGGGAUUAAAGACGAUUGCGAUGCUUUAAAAAGUGUGUGUAAAAAGAUACAAGGAGUAUGUUCGAAAUUAGAACCACUGAAAGUGAAGCCACACGAAACAGUAACAAAAACAAAUAUAACCACGGUCACAGAAACAGUCAAAGAAGCAGAAAAAACAGGAGAUAGCGAAAAAUGCAAAUCUCUCAGCACAACAGACACAUGGGUUACACAGACAUCGACACACACAAGCACGUCUACCAUCACAUCUACGAUUACAUCAAAAAUAACACUCACAUCAACGAGGCGUUGCAAACCAACCAAGUGUACGACAGGGGAUGAUGCAGAGGACGUGAAGCCGAGUAAGGGAUUGAAGAUGAGUGGGUGGAGCGUGAUGAGGGGGGUGAUAUUAGCAAUGAUGAUUUCGUUCAUGAUUUAG